UCUGUGAUUAUGGUAAAAGGGAGUUUAUCCUCACCUGGGCACAACAAUUCCACAACUAGUGGGCUGUGCUCCCCUGCUUUCCUUACACUCAUUUCAUCCAAGUACAGCCCCAUAAGCUUUGGAGGGAUAGCUUCUCUGACUGCUGGGAGAUAACAUGCUUUUAUUUUCAGACACUGGAUAGUGGGAAGUGAUAAACAGGAUCUCAGAUUUCCCUAAAAAAUAUUGUUCCAGUGUGGAAAUAUGAACAAUAUCUUGUGGUUUACAAUGCUUAAUUGUGGUAUCAAAUGUAAAAGUUACCAAUAGUACUCUCCAGAGAAAUCUGGUAACAGAGCCCCAUAACAUGUCUUAGCUAUUGUGGAGUAGGAACCCCCUUCUUUCUUUAUAUGAGCCUUUAGCCUUUUAAAAAAAAGCCUGACAACAAACAGAAAUCACAUCCAUCAUCUGUUAUCCCAGUUUUGGCAGAAGAGCAUAAAGGGUCUUAAAACCUCAGCAGGCAGAAAAAUUAAGUGACUUGUACAAUGAUUGCUGGAAGGUCAGGGGCAGAAGGAAGAUUAACCCAGUGGCCAGUCCUUGCACUAAGUGCCCUCAAGGAAUUAAAACUUAGAAAUGAGAUUCAAGUGGCAACAAAUCUUAACUACAGAAAUCCGUCAGGGAAUGGCUUAACAUAUGCUCUGGGGCACAACUGAUUUUAAGGGCUAUGGAAUUAUGACUGCAACAUGGCACACUGAUUUGUGCGUAACAUCCUGAGAGAUUGCAUCAAGAGCACUUGCAAUCUAUUCACAUGUGCACUUGCUAACAAUCAUAUUUCAUGCAGUUAAGUGCAAGGCCUCUGAUCUUCAGAGCGUUCGAGGCUUUGAUUUGUAUGUCUAGAUUUCUUGUAUACUGCGUGAGUACAGCACUGGCAUGUGUAUGUCUUGUGUACUGCAAAGUGUGCUGGUAUGUGGGAACUGAAAAGACAUGAACGAACUAUAUUGUUACACUUCACUAGAAAGCAUAAAGCAGUUCUGAAAGUAGCAGAGGAGUAAAAAGUAUGCUGACAAAAAAGGUAGUUCCUCCACUUCAAACUUUCUCUGAUUAAGGAGCAUGCAGGAUGUCACGUUUCUGUUCUGUGCUCUAAUGAAUAAACAAACAUGGUCAGCAAGUUGUGGGAGGUGAUUCUCCACUCACAGGGAAAGGUGCACGUAUGUGCAUUCCUCCAGAAGUUGUCUCAGAGCCAAUUAUUUCCCUUUGCCUUCGUGCUUCUUCAGGAAGGAAUACGUUCUGUUUACUUCGGCAUCCUCACGCAAGCAACCCAGGAAAGACGAGAUGAUGACCUCUUUGCUUGCCCUCCUCAUUCCUGCCCGACUUGCCAUCUCCUGUUCACUCCCUUCACGCACAAGCUCUGCAUCCUCAACCUCCUCCAGGUCCGGUUCAGUAACGCCGCCUGCAGCCCGCCACGCCCGGCCUUUCCCUCAAGGGCCCCGACAGCUGUGAACCUCCAUUGCCCCCGCCCCUUCUCCCUCCCUCUUUCGUUUGUUCCCUCGUGAAAUUACAUCUCCUCUGAAGGAGCGCACAGAGUCGGGCGGCCCUGGGCAGUCACUCAGCUCCUGGUUUGGCUGUCCCGGUGCCCCGCUACAGCGCGGCACUGCUGCGGUGACGCCGCCGGGCGCUCCGCAGGCUCUGCGGAGCUUUGUGUCCGCACUAUGGGAGCGAACCGGGCUCCGGCAGCCGUGGGGGCAGGCCGAUGCGGGGGUUGGGCUUAAGGGCGGCUAGAGGGAGGUUUUAUCUGUUCGGGCUACUGCAGCCGUCGGCUCCCGAGUUUCCCCCCGCGCCUAUUCGGGGCCACGAACACCAUGGCCAGCGAGAUCGACAACCUGAGCAGCCGCGAAGCAAAGACGGUAUGCGAGGCGUUGGGACGCUAUGAAGACACGCUGCGGGGCGCUGUCCGGGAGAUCCACGUGGACAUUCAGGUGUUCAAGCAAGGCGUGAGCCGGCAGGUGGAUGAGGUGCUGCGGAUCGCUAGCCCCCUGGCUCGCAGCGUCUCAGAGCUGCAGCAGGAGAACCAGCGCCUGCGGGUGCAGCUGGAGCGUCUUGCUCGGCAGGUGGAGGCCCUUAGCCGGUCGGCGGGGCUGCCGCAAGAGUGGCGGGACGAGGCAGAGAGGAGCCCUCCAGCUGUGGGAUCCAGCUCUCCAGUGCCGGCUUUUUCUGCAGACAGGUUCUCCAACCUUGCGAAGCUAGCAGUGUCUGGUCGGAGCCAAAGUGUAGACCUGGAUGACCACCACAAACCUGAGUUUAGAAGAGUUUUUAGUUCCUCCAUCAUUGAAAAUGGGCAUCAGUCUUCAUCAGGUCAGGCAAAAGCCUCGCAUGAGCUGACCUCUUUUUACUCAGACUCUUCCCCUGAGGCCCAUGCUCCUGCAAUGACCUUACAGAUGCCCCACCUUCCCGUUACUGCAGUAACCAGAAUAUCAGAGAAGUUUUCAGGAGAAACCAUCCAUUCAGCAGGAACAACUAGUGCAUCCACUGGCCUGCUCGGGCAAAACCAAAGCAAAAAUGAGAUGGCAUUGAAAACUUCCAACCAGUCAGGUAAA